AUGACCUUGUACGAUACAAUGGCUUAGUGUUUAUUCACAGUAGGCUACAGGUCUUAAGACGAUUGACAGACUUUCUCUCCACUGUCUGGUGUUCUGGUCCUGAGCCUGUAUUCACAGAGUCAGAGUAGCAGUGCUGAUCUAGGAUCUGCCUUUUCAAUCAUAAGGAAUAAAAAGAGGGACCUGAUCCUAGAUCAGCACUCCUCUACUCUGAGAUGCUUUAUGGUGCUCUACUAGACACCUGCCUUUAUCUAUGUACAUGGGUGUGUGUAAUAAUGUGUACAUCUCCUGCCAAUGUGAAACCCCCAGGUGCGAUCACCGCUUUGAGAAGGUUCUGGAGGAGGUGACCUGCUACACCCCUCACUACAUGGAAGAGACGGAGUCUAUCUUUGACCAAUCACAGGAGGAGAGGAAGAGGAUCAGCAAUGAUCCACAAUUGACGUCACCAACAAUGAGAGGAUGGCUACACCCGCUGUGACUAGGAGGGUGUGUAUCUCAUCACUCACUGAUCAAUUAUGUCAUGCCGUGAUCUCUCAUUCCACCUCUGUCUCCCUCUCCUUUCUAUCUUUCUCUUUCCUCCUUUCCUCCCUCUCUCCCAGUGUGAAGGCUGUGUAUAAUGAGCUCCACAACAUUCUCAUGGCCAUCAAUGAGUGGGACAAACUGCGCUGUUGGAAGAACACCCACAGACCGGGCAUGCCCACUGACUGGCCUCAGUUCCAGGUGCAACACACACACACAGCGGGCUAAUGGAAGUUAAUGGGGCCUAAUGGAGUGUACUGUAAUAUGGGAUUACAUAGAUGUCAGCCCCUUUGUUAUUGUCAGAGUUAGUCUAAUGUAGCGAACAGUGUUACAAGCUAAUGUAGCAGACUGUAUAACAGUGGUGUAUGGUCCAACAAUGUGACCAUUAUUAGAAACUGCUGGAGGGUAUAUACUGGACCAGUCUGCCUUGUUGUUCAAUGGAGUCUAUUGCAACCUCUCUUUCAGGAGUGGGCACCAGAACAUAAAAUUUGAAGAAAGAGGUAGAGGCACAGCAAGGCACAAUAGAGGUGAGCAUGUCUCCAUCUGUCUUUAUGACCUACGUCAACUGCAGCAGUGUAUUUGAUCUGUGCUUGUGCCAGCACCAGCAACGCAAGCCUUUUUCUAUGCUUAUGUGCGAGUAGAGUGAGUUCAGAAAACAGAAAGUAGGCCUAUGCGUCUUAGAAAUAGUUUUCACAUACCAACUUUAUAUGUCCGAUCUCAGAAUCAAACAGGCUUGCCCAAAAUAACAUGGUAGAAUGUUUAUUUUGAUUGACAAUUUUGUGCAUUUAUCAAAAUCCCAUCAGGUAGCCUGAUUUCAGAUGUCAUGUAAACAACAUUAUUAGGGAAAUCAAUCUUCUUGCACAGCAUGUAAACGCUUAAAUCAAACUAUGAUAUUAAUCUGACGUAUUAUUGUUUGCAUACGUAAUGCCAGCCGUGUUCCUAUUGGUCAGUCACCUGGAUCGGCUCGUAACACCAGCCACACUACACGAUAAAGGCAAAAAAAUACUGACACUGCCAGAACUUUGAUGGAGCCUACGACGAAACGUAGUGGUACUUAAUCAGCAGACCUAGACCCUGUAAGACUGAAGAGCCAAGAUGUUCGACAAUCAUUUAUAAUCUAAGAAUUUGCCCACGACGUCAACAUUUUGUCUUGGACGGCAAAAUCGUGGCAUAAGACGGCUAAAAUCGUACAGUCUGCAAAGGCCUGAAGUAGUUGGAGUCAUUCAGUACUCACUUACCAUCUCAUUACGAUGAAUCAUCAAUUCCUAAUUACUGAUUGGUUUGUAGAUAGUGUUAGUGUUAUGUAUCCUCUGUGUGUGUGUGUGUGUGUGUGUGUGUGUGUGUGUGUGUGUGUGUGUGUGUGUGUGUGUGUGUGUGUGUGUGUGUGGAUGCAUUCAGAGACUCAGCGAUCAGCUUGUUGGGGCUGAACUGGGAGCAUAGUACUGUAGCGGUGGGACAGAGGAGACGGCAACAGACAGGGCUUCGUCCUGAGACCUAUCCUACGAAUCAGGUUUGAGGAAUUAGCGAGGUAACUUUGGUCAACUCUGAGUUUAACUUGGGCUACACUACAUGACCGAAAGUAUGUGGACACCUGCUCGUCGAACAUCUCAUUCACAAAUCAUGGGGAUUAAUAUGGAGUUGGUCCCCCCUUUGCUGCUAUAACAGCCUCCACUCUUCUGGGAAGGCUUUCCACUAGAUGUUGGAACAUUGCUGCGGGGACAUGCUUCCAUUCAGCCACAAGAGCAUUAGUGAGGUAACCUGAUUCAUCUUAUCAACCUGCUAAUUAUUAGAAUCAGGUGUUCUAGAUCAGAGUUGGAGCAAAAACCUACAGGACGGUAGCUCUCCAGGAACAUGGUUGGGCAGUCCUGAUCUAGAAUGUCAUUGUAUGCUGUAGCUUUAAGAUUUCCCUUCACUGGAACUAAUGGGCCUAGCCCGAACCAUGAAAAACUGCCCUAGACCAUUAUUCUUCCUCCAGCCAAACUUUACAGUUUACAGCAUUCGGGCAGGUAGCGUUCUCCUGGCAUCCGCCAAACCCAGAUUUGUCCUUCAGAUUGCCAGAUGGUGAAGCGUGAUUUAUCACUCCAGAGAACAUGUUUCCACUGCUCCAGAGUCCAAUGUCGGCAAGCUUUACACCACUCCAGCUGACGCUUGGCAUUGCGCAUGGUGGUCGAACUUUUCGAACACACCGACUGCGUCAUUGCGUUUUGGUACACCAGAAGUACAUUCAUUAACAUGGGACGCUGCGUUUGCCUUGCAGCAUUGCGUUGCAGAGGCAGUUGCAGUGCGUUCUGUGUGGUGCUUACGUUGGAUUUAUCGAACGUAUGCGUCAAACUGUAUGCAUAAACGGGUUGACAGAAAUGGUAGCAGAAGGUGAAUGUUGAACUUUUGUUGCACACAUAUCUAGAUGAUGCUGCAUACUAUUUUGCGCAAUGACGCAGUCAGUGUGUUCAAAACGUUAGGCUUGUGUGCUGCUGCUCGGCUAUGGAAACCCAUUUCAUGAAGCUCCCGACAGUGGAGGAAGAUAUACUGUUUUACAUUAGCACUACACAUCUGAUUCAAAUCAUCAACAUUUGAUAAUAAGUUGAUCAUUUGAAUCGGCUGUGUAGCGCUAGGGCAAAAACUAAAAAUGUGCACCCCUUUGGGUCCCCAGGACCAGACUAAUCACAUUCCCCACCUCACCUCUCUGUGGCUACCGUAUGUAGGUAGAUAUGAUUCAACUCUGUGAACACAUUGACUGUACUUCAAUGAAUGAUUGUUAUGUGUACCUGUUUGCUUUAUUUGCCGACUACAAGCAUGUAGGUUAGAUAUGAGAGCAUUGCAAAGGUUCAGUGUUGCUACAGUUUGCAAACAAAGUAAUUGUGACACUAUUUAUGUUUUACAGGUGAUCAUGGUUACAGUCUUAUCAUAUAGCUGGGCAACUCUCGGAAUGCAAUUAGUUUAAUCAGGUGUGUUAGCUGGGGCUGGGGGAAAAGUGUGACAGCAAUCAGGCCUCAGAGGGCUGGAGUACUACGAUGAGGAUGACCACAUCGAGAUUGAAUCAACAGACUUGACGCAAGAUCCAGCGUGAUCUGAUACAGGGCUCUCCUGGAGAGUUACCGUCUUGUAGGUUUUCUCCAACCCUAAUCUAGUGCACCUGAUUCUAAUAACUAGCUGGUUGAUAAGCUACAGGAGGGUAAAUCUUCAGGAGAUCUGAACCUCCACCUAGUCCCCCCACCCUUUUCUCUUGUAACCUCUCUCCCUCUACUAUAGCCGUCUUUGGUGAUUAGACUGAGAGGGAUGUAAACACAAAUAGCUUGCAGCUACCACAUUUAACAAUGUGUGAUUCAUUCACCAUUACAUCAUCAUUUAAAAUAAAGUGAAUAAUCUUUGUUUCAUAUUCUUGUUUGUGCUAAGGAGGUCCAGUAG